AUGAAAUGCAUUAAAACAAAUAAUAACAACAAAACCCAUUAAACGCAAUAAAACAACAACAACAAAAAAACAGCAAUACCAUUAACACUAGCCAACCAGAUGCAGUGCCGACAACAUAAAACUGAAGUGCUUUUUCAUUGCCUGCAUCAACAGCAACGCAACAUUCGUGCUCUGUUUCUAUUUUUCGGUAUAUGCCACAUUUUCGAGUGAAUACCACACGGGAAGUGUGCUGCUUAUUGCUACGCCUGCGCGUGCGCUAAUUCAUAUGCCUACCUCACUAAGCAAGCAUGGUCGAGUCUGUGUGCCGCGAGUGUGAAGCGUGAUUUAACGAGUGCAGCGCGCAACGUGUGAAGCGGCGAAAUACGCGAGCGUGAAAAGUAAAACGUACACCUCCCAAAACACUCUUACCUCCUACACCUCCUCCUACGGUUGUUUGUGAACGCGGUCGUAGUAAAUCGGUAGCCGUUGCAUUCGCCUAUGAGUGGCAUCCUAAAUAACUACAUACAUACAUACGUUCAUAUUUGAAUCGCUAAGCGAGUGUGUAAAAUGUAGCAAACUUUUCUUUUUUAACGCUAGUACAUUGUGUAGAUGAAAACGAGUACAGCAAAGCAGCGCAAAUCGACUGGACCACGGCCAGUUAGUUGUCACUCUCUAUGCGCACAGAUAGCGUAUGUAGAGCUAAUGAAACGCGCAAAGUGCCCGGCAAAGUACCCAACUAACCUACAUUCAAAUUUAGACACAGACUCAGCCUCCGAUAUUUUCAUACGAAUAUUCGCGAGUGCGCGCGCGCGCUGUGUGUGUGGAAGAAGUUAAACUAAAAAGGAUCUAAAGCAAAAGUCAGGAACGCCUGCGGAGUAGACAAUAAUCUAUAAACUAGCUUGACAGCGGCAAAGGUGCUAAUGCUGACGUUCGCUAAUAUUGCGAAUAGUCGAAUAGUAUAAAGGUGCGACGCAAAUGCAGCCAUAGUAAGUUUUUAAAUCAACUGGUCAAAAGACGACGACGCUGAGAGGUGGUGAGCUGACAGUGCGGUGGAAAACGAGUUUAGUACCACUAAAAGUGCAGCUACGACAACGUACCGCAAGCAAAAAGUGACCUACAAAUACGGGUUUUCGGUUGGCUAUUGUAUCGACUGACGACGACCAGAGUCAGAACCACAGAACAACUGCAGUUAACAUAAACAUCAAUUCACACAUACACACACACACACUCACACACACAUACACACAAAUAGUGACAUAUAAAUUAACGAGCAAUAAACCAUUGCUACUAGCGGUUAGUCGGACUAGACUAAGGCGCAGCAGAGCAGGCGACGACGACGAGUCGCGCGGACAACUAAGCAAAACCAGCUAUGGCAACGCCAACAGCAACUACAGCUACAAUACCAACUACACCAACAAAAACAAUAAUAUCUGCAACGGUGCCGGCUAUAAUGCCGUUGAAAAAAGCUGGACCGCCCGUUCCGCCGAGGCCAUCGCAUGCAAGCGCACACGCAGCGGGUUUAUUGAAAACACAACGCAAUGGAGAUUCAGUUAUGAAUGCUGUGGCACAACAGAAUCGUGUUGCAGCCACAACAGGAACAGCAGCAACCAGUUUUGCUUCGAGUUCGUCGGUUUUGAGUAGUCGCGUGAGUAUUGGCAAUGUGACCGCCUCAGCUGAAAUGCAGCACAAUUCACAACAUCCGAUCAUACAGAAGAAGCCAUCGCUGAGCUCAGUUAGUGGCGGUGCUGGCGGUCGUACAAUUAUUUACAAGUCGCCCUCAAUGAGUGCACCAAAACGUCCGGAAGCACCACCACCCACAGCUGGUGCCCCUCUAGGCGCUAGUACUGGUAGCACUACCACCAGAUCAGGCACCAAUAUCGGUCCAAAGCCGCCGUUAAAGCUACGCAAGGCACCAGAUAUACCGACAAUGAAACCAAAAGCUACAGCUGUCCAAAAUGAUGCCAUCACUGGAGCGCUGGAUAAAGAAUGUAGCGUCACCAAAGUGCCUGUUAACAGCGUCGCGCUCGGUAAAAGUCCACCACCAGCGCCAGCAAGCUCUGUGAGUCCAACUGAAGUGUCUAAUGCCAACAGUAAUAUCGUUAUCGUCCAAACGGCGGCUAGCGCAGUCAACCUCAGCCGUCACCACUCGAUGGGUAGCGGCUCACCGAAAUCGCAAUCGCAGACGAACAGCAUUAAGGAUACACGUCUUAGUUUGGGUCGCGUCGACUUUGAGCGUGUUGGCAAGAUACAGCUGGAUCAGUUACCGACAUCGGUGCAGCCAUUGCCGCGGCCGCGCAAAAUUGUGAAAGUCCCCGUUGCCACAAUGGAUCUGGAUGACACUGCCUCGACCAAUGGUGCCCAAUCGCAUUCAUCCAGUGUUAGUAUAUUCCGCCGUUCAAAAACUACACUCGACAAUUUUACAUCACGUGCCAAUAUCACUACGAUCAAUACGGGAGGUGUGGCCAACACCUUUCUUGGCGGCAAAACAGCUGAGCUGAAAAAUAAUCUGAAGAAUGCGGCCGAGCGUUUGUUUUCGGAAAUUAUAGUAAAUCAGCAACGCCACGGCAACGAGUCUCCAAUAAUAACGAAACAUGAGCCAGCUAUGCAACAUCCGAUGCUCUUAACGCAGGCAUUAGCUGCACAACGCAAUGUCGCGGGGGUUGGUGCUUCGGUAACUGUCGUCACAACCGGGGAGACAACUAACAAUUGUACGCGUAUAAAUAUCAAUACCAGUGAUAGCGCCCACAGCAGCGGCGGAAAAAUCGAAAAUAUACUAAAAUCACCCGAGAAAAAGGCAGCUUUCCAUGAGAUCCUCAUUUCUGAAUUGGCAGCAAUGCGCGGCAGAAGCUGCUCCAUGGAAAAUCUGACCCGUGCAGAAACACCUAAAGUUAAUAAGAAAGAGCGUACGCCUUUGACUAGCCCAGUAUCGGAGCCGAUCACUAAGAUAACCACAACAAGCAUCAUUGCUACAACAGCAGUGGAAGCAGCAAAAAACCCGUUGCCAUCAAACAGUAGCACCGCCAAAACCUAUAAAACCCAUUCGCGUAAACGUUGCAAUUCAAUUGAGGAUCAGGAUCCCGAUACUGAAGAUGUCGAUGCAGAUAAUGUAGAAGAUACAGAAGAUGGCGAUGAAGAUGAUUUGCAGAAGAAUAACAGAAACAAUAAAUUUAAUGGCGUCGGUACGCCAAGGAAGCGUUGUCCUUCGGGCUGCUCAUCGGACUCGUCACCGUACGGCACUGAACGCUCGGCACGCAUACGCACUUCCGAUUGGAUUGAGGUUGGCGAUAAUGGCAAGGAGGUCACCAUGACCAGCUGUCACAUUAGUUUGGAGGAUUCGGGUUUGGAAGAUGAGGAACGUUUAGAUGAAAUGUCAUCGCUUGGAGUUGGGGAUUCCUGGGACAGUGUAAAGGAGGCAGAAAAUAUGAAGCGGUGCCGCAGUGUCAAGAG